AUGGAAUCAACCGAUUGGGGUUACAUUAACCCUCUAUAUUUGUGGUGUACCACUUUCGGGAUUUUUCCGCCACACAAAUUCGGAGAUAACGUCUCUCCAGUCUCGCUAAAAUUUAAAAUCUACGUGUUACUUUUAAUCCCUAUAAUAAUAUCCAUAUCUGUGUAUUCUUUAAUCGGUAGAGAGAAUUUCUUGUAUACGAGUCUGGACGUUACAGUGGCCACCACAGAUCUUCUAGCCGAAAUAACUUUAACACUCCUAAACGUAGUUUUACGACUCCUAUUCGUCUUUUGUUACCACAACCCCAUAAAAACGUUCCUCAAUAAAAUCUAUCGCAUUUCGAAAGAACCACACUUCAAGUGUUACACGGUCCGCAAUUUUUGGGUCCAGUUUUGUGGGUUUAAUAUCUACAUGGUGUUUGUAAUGGUGUUUGAUGUCUAUAUAUGGAGUUCCACGAUGGGUUGGACCAUCUACAAGUUUUAUAUUGGAAGAACUUUCAUGAUCUACGCUUGCAAUAUCACCCUUUUGUUCAUAGUACAUUCGGCUCUGAUAACUAAGCAACUAUUCACGUCUUUGCACCAUCUACUGAAAACCAUAGUAGGGAAUCUGGUUUGCGAAAACGACGCCAAAAGUGGUUACAUUUUAACAGAGUUUAAAGUGAAAGCUGCCACUAAAACGAAUUAUAAUUGUUGCCAUUUAAGGGAAGUGCGAAAAUAUUACAACGAAAUUUGUGGGCUUGUUGACGAUUUUAAUAACAUUUAUGGGACAGUGAUUCUUCUAGUGAUGAUUUACGUGAUUGCUUACAUUUUGAAUUUGACUGAUAUGCUGCUGGUUUAUAGCAAUGCGAAGAGUAGGAACAUCAAUGGGGUUGAAUAUGGUACCGAGCUAACCCUUCUGUGCGUUUCUUGGAUGAUCACACUUCUACUUUUUUCGUUCCUUUUGGCCAAAUCCUGCUCCAAUGCCGUUUCGGAAUCAGAAAACAUCUUAACUGUGUGUUUUAUCUGGUUGAAUGAAAUCCCGACUAUUCCCAAAACGUUCAAACAGCAGAUGUUAAAAGAAGAAAUUUUGUUGUUGGUGCAACAGGUGACGACGCGGAAGCCCAAAUUUUCGGCUGCUGGAUUUUUUCCCGUGGACUUCACGCUUCUGGGGUUUAUUCUAGGGAGUGUCACUUCGUAUACCAUAGUUUCAGUGCAGUUUUUCAGUAGUAAAGAAAAUUGA